CAAGGACCCCAAGGACGCGGAGGGGGAUUGGGAAUUGUGAAGCGGUGUGGAAUGUUCGUGGUGGUUGUUGGAUAGUGUCGACAUAUAUGCGUCUUCAUAACUACUUUAUGCACAUUUUUCCGCAUAAUUCAAGACGUGGCUACAUUUUGUAGCUGCAUAGGUGUUUUAGCGUUGGUUUUACAUAAAAGUAGAGAGGUUUGCUCGGGUGACGAGUUUCUUUACCAGCUGUCAUCUUGACAACAUGGCUGGAGUCGGCGUAGGAACUGAAGCGAAAUUGAGAAAACGGUUCGGAGCCCAGUUACGAACUAGAGUUGAAAUGGAAGCCAACUCUGUAAGGCAUUCCAGGAAGUGGUAUCUGGUAAGAAGAGACUCGGGGUUCAAGGAGACCGAGGGCGUCCCAUCAACAGCCAUACGAGAGAUCUCAUUGCUAAAGGAACUUGAUCACCCCAAUAUUGUUAGAUUACUUGAUGUUGUUCAUGCUGCCACAAAACUAUACCUGGUGUUUGAGUUUUUGACACAAGACUUGAAGAAGUAUUUGGAUUCAUUGUCAGAAAUGCUGCCGCAGUCAACUGUCAAGAGCUACCUGCAUCAGCUGCUGAAAGGUGUGUCAUAUUGCCAUAUGAACCGUGUGCUGCACAGGGAUCUGAAGCCACAGAACCUGCUGAUUGAUGGACGAGGUUACAUCAAAGUGGCAGACUUCGGAUUGGCACGUGCAUUUGGCUUGCCUGUGCGUACUUAUACUCAUGAAGUUGUGACUCUUUGGUACCGUGCACCAGAAAUCCUGUUGGGCAGCAAAUUUUACUCCACAUCUGUUGAUAUCUGGAGUCUUGGCUGUGUCUUCGCAGAAAUGUUGACCCGUCGAGCACUGUUCCCUGGAGACUCAGAAAUUGACCAGCUGUUCAGAAUUUUCCGCACCUUGGGCACACCAGAUGAAGAUAUGUGGCCUGGAGUGUCCAGUCUGCGUGAGUACAGGAGCCUGUUCCCUCGCUGGGAGACCCAGGACAUGUCAGAGGUGGUGCCCAUGUUAGAUGCAGCAGGCAAGGAUCUAUUUUUGAAACUCCUGACAUAUGACCCCAACAGGCGAUUGUCAGCAUUUGAAGCACUGAGUCACGAGUACUUUCACCAUGUGGAACUUCAUCCUCCAGCAUUGCCACCUGCAAAAGGUUCCUGAGUUGAAGUCCCUCUUUUUUCAAAUGUUAAAGCAAAGAUUGAACAAACAGUAACCAGCAGCAAGGGGAGUUCUGUCUUGGAUACAGUUUUAAUUUAAUUUCAUUCAUGCAGAAAUGAAUAAUAUUUGUGCUUCUCAGGUCUGAGUGACAUUGCAGAUAUGAUUGGUUAUAACAUUGACAGCUGACGAUUGUGAAGAGACAUCAUUUGUUCAUAGUGUUCUGUAUCUUACAACUCCCCUUCAGGUUAUUCUGAUUUACUGGUUAAUGCAUUCACACCUCGGUACUACCAACCUGCACCAGCUAACCACUUCGCAGCAAUAAAACAUAUUUUUAAGCUAACUUAACUUCA